AUAAUGGAUUUGGCGCUGAGAACAACCAUCAUCGGGGUGUGCUGGAUAUCUGGAACUUUGGUGGGCCUGCUCCCUCUUUUCGGCUGGCAUAGGCCUCAAUCAUCUGAAGGAAUGAAAUGCCUGUUCACUGAAGUUAUGGACUACGACUACCUCCUGUUUCUGUACUUCGCCACCAUCGUCGCGCCUGCGCUGCUGAUGGCCGCUUUCUAUGCUCACAUCUAUCGAGUUGUGCUCAACCAGCUGCGACGGAUAGUGACAAUGAACCCCUCAGGGGGUUGCACUUCUGCGCCCACCACUGGAGGCACAAUGCUACGGAUGCUGGGGCCUACUCAGAAAAGAGAAGUGAAAGCCACGCAGAACCUCUCCAUCAUUGUGCUGUUCUUUAUCAUCUGUUGGAUUCCUCUGUACACCAUCAACUGUGUGCAGGCCUUUUGCCCAGACUGUAUCAUCCCUCUUGAGCUGACUAAUUUCUGUAUCAUAUUGUCACAUGCCAACUCUGCCGUGAAUCCUCUGCUGUACGCCUAUCACCUACGCGACUUCAGAGCUGCUCUCAAGACUUUGCUUUGCUGUUUGUUCGGCAGCAAGGGGCGCCCUGCAGGUACCGAUCUCCAAGAUUGCAGGUUUGGGUCACACAACACACUUCAUCAGUAUGGUGUGAAUACUCCUACACGAAAUAACAGCCUGCUGUCAUUGCAGCAAAUAAGGACUCCACAGCAACAGCAGCUGUAUGCUGAGUUUUCUACCAUGUCCACUAAGACCACUAGCUGUAAUUUGGCAUCUGGUUCCAAAAUACAGUCACCUCUCAGCACAAUAAUUACCAACAUGAAUAGCAUCCACCAGGCCAUUGCUGACCUGGCCCUUGGUGAGGACACUGCUGAUGAUCAGCAGAGACGCAGGAGGAUGUGGACUCUAACUGAAGUUUCAUCAACUUAUGAAGAAGAUAGACCUGUCAACAGUGUACAUUUGGCACUGGAACAUAGUGGUGACAGUUGUGUUCAAAGAAGAAGUGGCACUCAUAGGGAAUCAGGCCAAGUGAACUCUGCUUAUAUUGAAGAACCUAUUGUGAUGGACUACACUGAAGAGGAUGAUGAUGUCUUUGUAUCUGGAGCUGUAGCAACAUUAUCAUCAAAUAUUGCAGGCUUUAAUGAAAGGCUGUUCAUUAGAAACACUAUGAUGGAAAAUGAAAAUGACACUAUUCAGAAUUCGGGAAACGUUUUAGUUCCUCGUCAGUCUAAGGAACAAUUUGAGCUUGGGGUACAACAUACAGGGUCAGUAUCAAGCAGAAAUUCAGCAGGUGCAGGUUUUCCAGAGUCAAGCAGCAAGUUAUAUCGGCCAAAUAGUCUUAUUAUUGAUGAGGCUGAUAUCACCAACUACUCCCUAGAUGAUCAUGACAUGACUAAACUCUCUCCAUGUCGCUGUAGAAUGAAAGAAGUUAUUGUAGCCAGUAAUGAUGGAAUAAAUUGUAAUGGUGCUAAUGUUUUGACAUUAGGUUCUGAAAAUAAUGUUAGUAGUACUGGAAUCAGUGAGAAUAAUAGAACUCACAUUAGUUCUGAAAACCUAAGACUUAGCCCUUUAAAAAUUGUUGGUGAAUUUUUGUUUCACACAAACUCUAAGAAACCAACUCGCUUGAAAGAUGUUUUGAAUGAAUCCUGUGAAUUUAAGAAGAAUGGUGGUGAAUGUGAAGACUCUCUUGACUGCCAUAGUGCAGUACAGAGAUUAAAAGGUUCAGAAACUCCUCAGGACAAUGGUUGUGCAGUCCAUAAACAUGAAGUGACUAAAUGUGUGGAUGAUACUGUGACAUGAUAUGCUGUCAUGUUAGUUAUGUGACUGAAGUCAAGUGUGUAAAUGUACUCUCACUACUAUUUGUGAAUGUAUGUCAUUUCAAAAUGCAUGUCAUGUAGGAAAAUUGUCGUGAUGUAAUAAAACCAUAUUUCUUCUUCUGUCCUGUGGUUUUUAUUCUAUGUAUAUAAUAGUUAAGUAUACUUCUAUCUGUCUGACUGUCCAACCACAUUUCUUCCAAAUACUGUGAUAUAUAAAAAAUAAUAAACACAAAAACUGUUCUUCUGAGACAGAAAAUCAGAGGAAAAUCGCGAAUUUUAAUUUAAUGUGCAUGGUUUCAAGUCCAUGUCAAUUUAUUUCUUCAUUCUUUCACUAUAAGAAAAGCAUUGCAGAUGUGAUGACAGUGAAUUCAUUUUCAUAGCAAAAUAGUAAUGGAACAAAGGUCACAAAAAUGACAUGCAUAUAAAAUAUGAACCCUAGACACAUUAAAUGUAUAAUUUCUUUAU